CGGCUCCGAGCCAAACGCACAAAGGCCGCCAACGCCGCUCGUCAAGCUCAUUUAAGGAUCACGUGUUUCACGUCAUUUCACCGUUUCGGCCAACUUCACAUAAAAAUGGGCUUCGAAGGAAACAAAAUGUACAAUCAUACAUUCAAAAAGUUCAACUAAACUGGAAUUCGUUGUUCGAAAAUUAACAUGGCCAACGAACAUCUGAUCAUUGUUGCAUUGCUUUGCAUUAACGGUUGCAUUAUCGCCAAAUGUCAAAUUCACGAGCCGGACGAAGUGAUGCCCGAAUUCUAUGCUCCGCUAGAAAAUUGGACAGUCACUCAAGGCAGAGAUAUUUAUUUCACUUGCACCGUCAACAACUUGGGAAACUAUAAGGUCGCUUGGAUCAAAUCAGACUCCAAAGCUAUUUUAGCUAUUCAUACCAACUUGAUUGCUCACAAUCACAGACUCGCCGUGACUCACAACGGACAUAAUACUUGGAAACUGCACGUAUUCAACGUUCAAAAAAACGACACGGGAAGUUACAUGUGUCAAAUUAACACAGAACCGAUGAUAAUACAGACCGGAUACUUGGACGUGCGGAUCCCGCCGGACAUCAUCGACGAAGAUGACCUCUCGGGUCCCGGUAGCUCGGCAAUGGAAGGCGGCACCAUAAGAUUGCGGUGUCGGUCGACGGGCAAACCAGAACCAAAAGUCUACUGGAAGAGAAAAGACAAUCGACACAUCAUCAUCAGGUCGGGCGAAACGCGAGAAAAACAAGAGUCGGCGACCGUGAAAGGCGACACCCUCGAACUGGACAACGUGCACCGGACCGACAUGGGCAAAUAUUUGUGUAUAGCCAAAAACAACGUGCCGCCUACGGUCAGCAAGGAGUUCAACGUGCAAGUACAUUUUCAUCCCAUGAUCAAGGUGACCAACCAACUGGUGGCCGCACCUAUUGGCAGCAACGUGCACAUUCAGUGUUAUGUGGAAACUUCACCGAAAGCCAUGCACAGCUGGGCCAAAAUUAAUGGCGCUGAUCUCAUACCCAGUGCCAAGUAUAAAAUUACCGAAACGCCAAUUAACGAGUAUUCGUUGCAAAUGAACUUGACUAUUACCGGACUGGAACCCAAAGACUUUGGGGGUUAUCUGUGCAUAGCAAAGAACGCGCUGGGCAUAGCUGAAGGAUCCAUACGACUGCAAGAACUGCAUCUUCCCAACGUGCUGACCACUUCGGAGGCGCCACCGGAUCCGGAAGAGGAAGACGAAGACGAGGAGGACAUAGAAAACUGGGUGCCGGUAGAAGAGCCCACCGAGGUGCCGCCCAGUCGACGGCCAUACGACCUACGGCCCGACCAGGGAGUAACCACCGCCGUGACCACCAGAAAGCCACCACCGCACGGCACGUGGCAUUACGACAAGGGGAACCGGCAAUUAGGCGGCGGCAAAGGGGGGGGCUCGUUGGGGCCGGUUCGGGGCUUCGGCCUGACGUUAAUUGUUGUCACGUCGAUCGCUAUGCUACUUGGCAUUUUGGACGCAACGCGGUAAACGCAUGACUGAUUGGCAUUCCUAAUAUAAAAAAACCAAAAAUUUUAAACCAGACAAUAAUCCAUUUUUUUUGUUAUUAUUUAUUACGCGCAUAAGUAUUACUUUUAUCGUUAACCAAUGUAUGUACUGAACAUAUAAAUCGAACGACGUUUAGGCCAAGACAGUAAUUGUUUUUCACAUUUUUAUCGAAUUGUUGGUGCCAAAUUUUAGGCAGGCCUAACUUUUACAGCAUACCCAUUAAAGUCUGUGUUGUAAUUGCGGGUAGAAAGCUGUGGCGUGAAUAGGUAAAAUUUUCAGGGGAGGGCUCAUGUCCUCGGAUUUAUAGAUCUGUAUUUAUAAUUUAUUAUACCUAUAAAUAAAUUGUCAUAGUUUAACAAAAUUGUACUUUAUUUAUAGGCAUGAAUAUUGCAAUUUAUAGUUUAUACAGUUUACUAUAAUAUAUAGUGCAUGUGUCUCUAGUGCCAUGUAGUAACCCCAAGUAUUUAAAAGUUAAUUAAUCUAAAAAAAUUGUAUUAGCUUAAUUUCUACAUUAAAGACAAUUGUAAAAGAAAACGUUUUGAAAGUUACAUAUCCCGCUAAUGGAAUAAUUAUUGUUCUUUAAUUGUAAUUUAUAUUAUUCUGUACUUUUUUCACUGAAUCCGAACUUGAACUCACACUUUCUAGUUUUUUUUUCAAAUCGCUUCCAAAAUUAGUAUUAAUGUCUAAAUAAUAACAAUAGUUAACAUUUUUAAACUUUUAAGAUGAUUUUUUUUAUUUUCAAAUUUAAAAAAUAUACAUUUCUAUUUUUUAUAAUUUAUACUAUUUAUCUCAGAUAAUAUCAGAUCAUUUAUCAUCUAUAAAUAAUGAAUAAACUAAUUAUUAUUUAUUUAUUAGGUUACAAUAGUUAUGUUAUUCACGAAUCAAAAAUUACCUAUCGUUUGUCGAUAAAUACAUUUUUCGUGCAAUUAUCAUUUUGGCUUUUUGUUUCGUUUUUAACGACUUUUUCAUACGUGACCAGGUAAAAUGCGACAACCCGCCAACAAUCAUUAGGAACACACUAUAAGUAUAUACUAAAACAUAAUCAAUAACAGCUCUUAAAAGGUUGACUGUAAAAUAAUGUCAACGUCCAAUCGGUUUAAAACGUUUCAUAAACGUUACUUUACACGACUGGCGUCGACUAUAUACAUGUUUUACUUUUACAAUAAUGUUUUUUUUCUACUAAUUUUACUGACUAAUUUAAUUUUUUCAACGAAAAGCAUCAUUUUAUAAGAAAUAUACUUUGACAAACGUUUUCAACAUAAAAAUGUUACACACAUUUAUUGACCCCAAAUAAAAUUCUAGUUGCUUAAUACCUAUCUAAUUUAACUACCUUAGAUCUUUACCAGGUUUAUGGUAAUUAUCACUAUAAUACUAUGAUACCACUAUCAGAUGUAAAAUAAACGAAAUAUUUAAAUAAUACUUUGUACUUUUGAACAUAAAUUAUAGUAUUGUUUAAAUAAAUUACAUUAUACUCCAUUUCAAUUUUAUAAAAUAUAAACAAAACAUC